CGGUAUUGCUGCAGAGUUGUCCUAUACAUUGCCUUUCCAUGUGUGUUGUACACAUUUAGCAAUGGUCUGUCCGGUGGGCAAUAGGAUCAUUGUUGCAAUCAGUGUUACUUUUAUUUUACAAUUAGCGGGGCUGUGUCUCCCUAACUGGGUGACGUCAGACUCCGGUGGGGAGUAUGGAGGAUUAUUUGCCUAUUGUGUAGGACCGACCUGUGAUUCACUACCUCUGAUAUUUCACAUGGAUAACGCGGAUUAUGGAGGAGUUGUUUCCCUUCACCUAGUAGGCACGGGCUUGUUAUUGAUCACCGUGUUUGUCGGCUCUAUCCUGGCCUGGAGGUCAGGCUGGACAAAGGUCACUUUCCUCGUCAUGUCCGGAUUCCUCUUCACAGCAGCCACCUGUAUUUGCUGUGGAGUAACCUGGUUUGUGUUGAACUUUUCAAGGGAGGGAAAUAUGUAUUUAAUGUUUACAAAGGAAAAUGUACUUAUCUCCAAUAGAAAAAUGAUGACGAGUCCAAGACUCAGUUUUGCCUUGUUCAUGUGUGCUGUCAGUGGGUUAAUGAGCCUCGUUUUGGGUGUCGUCACACACACCGUCGGCAAAGCGAAACCAAGGACAACUACCGUCAAGUACGGUAGCCGUAUCUUUCAUCUAGAACGGUUAGACCACGUGUGUUCACCAGAUCGAAAUACACGACAUGUUUUAAAGUCACAUGCAAGAACUGGUAUAUUGGUGGAAGCAAGACAUUUAUUAAGUAAAAAGAAAUUGUUUAUUCAUGUAAAUAGAUUGGAUGAUAGGAACGCUGUUACAUGAUUCCUUGUAAACGGAAAUGUGUGCUGAAUGGAAUAAUGCAUACUUCUCGUAAAUGUUGAAUGCAUUCUUUUGAUAUUCUUGUUGAAAAUGUGUUCAUGUAUCCAGGAAUAUGAAUGAAAUUCAAACGAAAUUCGAUGGAUUGUUUAAUGCAUAACAUAAAAGCAGGAAUUUGUUGAAAACAUGAAAAGUCCAGUUGAUAUAUACAGGUGUGUGAUGACCUAAUGUGGUAAUGUUUUACUCCUCCUACAAUCGUUGUUAAAGAACUAGUUACACACAUGUAUGCCAGUCAAUAACAUUCAAAUUCAAAUUCCCCGACGAAUGAGUUGUGAAACACAAUCCAAGGCCACCCUGGCAACUAACUGACCAUAGUUAACCAUGAUUAAUGUUCAAAUGCAUAUACAUAUGUUGACCUCAAUUGUUUAGCCAUGGUAAUAGCAUGGUUAGAUCAAAGUGUAUGGGUGGUUUGAACAUGUUUGUUGUAACCAUGUUUGACAACUGAUUUGUUUAUUUGCAUGUCAUUUAACGUCCUCGCAACAGCCAGGGCUAUAUGAAGACGAGGCUGGCCACUAACGAAAAAUGUCUAACCACGGUUAAUUGAGGUGCAUAUAAUGUUCUGUGAAGCUACCCUGAAUGGUUUUUAAGAAAUGAUAUAUAUUGCAUUUUUUGCUAUUUGCUUCUGUGGCUAAUGGAAACCAUAAAGAAAUAAAACCGAUAGCUAAAGGCAAAUCUAGACUAUUAAAAUUAAAUGCGAAUACAAUUUCAUGAAGUUAUAUUUAUAAUUUUCGAGAUAUACUCUAGAAACGAUGAUUUGCAUAUUUGGCCUUCUAUUAUCAUUAUAUCAGGACAAAUCUUAAAAAUCAAAACAAAAACUUUCCAAAAUUGAAAUGCACUUCUCAAAUACUGGAAUGAUGUGCAUACAAACUUUCAAAGACAAAUUCUACUGAAUUUGAAUACAUGUUUUAAUAACAAGAAAUAGAACAGCCAGCACCCGCCGUCUUUAUUAUGUUACAGCUGUGACGAAAACAACACUAUGAAAUUGUAUACAAUUUUCAAUAAAAUCUUAAAACACUAUGUAAAUUCUGUAAAUAUCAACGUCGUAAAGAGGCAAGUACUUAUGGGAUAUAUAAAAUGCGCAGUGUUCCUCCUAUUAUGUAAAUCCUUUAAAUACCAACGUCGUAAAGAGGCAAGUACUUAUGGGAUAUAUAAAAUGCGCAGUGUUUCUCCCAUUUAAGUGUUUUUGUCAUCUGUCAUUUCCGAUCACACAAAGGUUUCCAUCCACCCUCUUCAGCUUACCACUUUUGAAACUGGUGUUUGAACUCGUCCUGUACAUGAUGCGGUUGUUUUCAAUUAGCCGUAUAUACGCCCGGGCUUUACUU